UGACCCUCUACCAACGAGACACGACAGAAGGCAUCUGCCGCCAUUUUCAAAGCCUCAUCCGAACAUUAGUUGAGCAUAAAAGCUCUCCGGAUUUUUGGAAGCUUCCUACAAUGGUUGCUGAACUAAACAGCAAGUAUAAGGAAAUGGUUUUAGACAUCUGUGCUGAGACUAUCCAUGAACUCCACGCUGAAAACCUCACGCAUUCUUUUCCUGGAAAGAAUCCUGAACAAACUACUCAACUCGUUAAGGAAAAAAUUCUUAGACCUUGCCUUUUAUCUUAUCCUGAAUACUUGCGUAGGCAUACGCAAGAGGUAGUGCGAAGUUUAACAGCAACUGAUCCAAGUUAUUUCCUGUCUCUGGUUGAUCAUCUGCAAUCAACAACUUGUUCCAUACUUGAUUACAAGAAAGUUGAUAUGAUGUUCAAAAGUCCGGGCAUAGACCCUUCAAUUCGAGAUAUGUGGCGUGUAUGGGGACAUGAACAGAUCUCUCGCAAAGUCUUCCCAGUCACAAUGGCCGCUUCAACACCUCUCACCAAGCUGGGGCCCUUGUACGGGCAUUUGCCCGGAGUCUCUGACACUGGUCCCGAAGCAGUGGUCAGCGUGGGAACUCUAUCCCAUGUACCCGUCAAAGAAGGACUCCAAAGUGUCAUCAAGUGUUUGAAAUCACAAGAUAUUUCACAAAUCAAAAUGAAAGGUGCUGACCACGAAUCUAAAUUUCACUCCUGCAACUGCAGCGUUUGUAAAAUACAGCCACAAGCACGAAGAAAUUCGAGGAUGAAACUUUAUGGUGAUUUUGCCAAGCAAUCAGUUGCUGCAUCUCCAGAGUGUUCUGCGUUCCAUCUUCCACAUCAGAAACGACAAGCAUCAUCAACCACACCAUCAGAAGAAUUCUGCAGCAGUAGAUCCUCCUUCCGAUUACAGUCCAGCGUCUCAACAUUCUCCUAUCACCAUCGUCACCAUCAUCACCACAGCUCCUUCCUACAGCCAGAAAGCAGAACUCAACACACCGACUUCCACCAGACAUUCGACAUCAGUUCUUCAGACCAAACGAGGAACGGAUACGGAUCCUUAUCAGCUUCCAGUCAUGUGGUUCAGCCUGUUCCUCACUAUUUGCCAAUAAACUUGAAAGCGUUUUCACAGCGAAUGUUGUAUGGAUAUCCAAUGUUAAAUAAGCCUCAAUAUCCAUUGUCCAUAGCAACGAGGCACGGACAUUGA